CCUGUGGCUCACACAAAAAUACAUCCUGAUCAGAAACUAGGUGAAAGUGUUCAGCAACUACUUCUAGCAAAAAUUGCAGUCUACUUGAUGACCUUCUUAAUAGUCACAGUGGCAUGGGCAGCUCAUGUAAGGUUGUUUCAGGUGAUACAGCUAAUAGAUGAUGUCCUCGCUCUUCUAAAUCUGGCUUGUAUGAUGAUCAUAACUUUCUUGCCAUACACAUUUUCCUUAAUGGCCUCCUUUCCAGAUGUACCUUUUGGCAUUUUCCUGUUCAGUGCCUGUGCUGUUGUCAUUGGCCUUAUACAGGCUGUAAUAGUAGUGUAUGGAUUCUAUCACCCACACUUACUGAAUCAACAGAUACAGGUGUCUGAAAAUCAGAAUUUCUAUAAACAUCAUAUCUUAAAGAUUAUCCUAAGAGGACCAGUUUUAUGCUUUUUAGCAGCCAUCUUUUCUUUUUUCUUUAUUCCUUUGUCUUAUGUACUUCUUGGGCUCGUAAUCGUUUUUCCCCAUCUCACUCGAUUCAUUACAUGGUGUAAAACCAAGAUUGUUGGUGAAGAUGAAGAGGAGGCACACCAUAUCUUAGAAACCUUCGCUUUUUACCUCAGUGAGCCUCUGAGUAAGGAACGGGUAAAAGCAUUCAGUGAUGGAGUCUAUGCUAUUGUAGCAACCCUGCUCAUUUUGGAUAUAUGUGAAGACAACGUCCCUGAUCCCAGAGAAGUUGAGGAGAAGUUCCAUGGCAGCCUUCUUGAAGCUUUAAGUGAAUAUGGGCCAAACUACCUUGCCUACUUUGGCUCAUUUGUAACAAUUGGUCUCCUGUGGUUUGUCCAUCACUCACUUUUCUUUUAUGUAACAAAAGCUACACGAUUAAUGGGACUGCUUAACAUACUUUCAUUGGCUUUCAUUGGUGGGCUUCCGCUUGCUUACCAGCUGACCAGUGAAUUUGCAGAGAAGUCUUACAAUGAAAUAGAAGCCAUUCAGGUCAGCUGUGUUAUCACUUUCUUUGCCAGCAUAUUUCAGUUUGCAAUAUGGACUACAGCCCUCCUCCAUGAAAGGGAAACUUUGCAUCCUUUUGCUAGGUAUGGUGGCAAGGAGCAUGCCUUCAUGUUUGCCAAGCUGGCUCUCUACCCUUGUGUCAGCCUUGGGGCCUUCUUUCUAACAUGCUUGUUAAGAGAAUUUAGCACAGAAAUUUUCCAUCUUAUGCAGAUUGUAAUCCCAUUUGCUUUUCUUGCCUUGCGCAUUUUUGUAAGAAUUUCUUUAACUCUUAUAAAGUCCGUGAUGUCUCUCUCCAGACGGAAAGUUGUGUUGUUAGAAGAAGAGGAGGCAUGUUUGUCUCCUACUGAAACACUGUCCUAAAUUUCUGUGCAGUGCAUGUGAAGUUACAACAUUAACUUCCGUUCUUCUAACUCACAUUAUCUUGAUGUGUGGAUUAUAUUGAUCUAAACCAAAGCCUGCGUUGGCCAUAACUGGGGCAUAUUUAAGUUU